CCUUCCCUUACUAGUCGAGGAUCUCGCCUCGGUCUAAACCAACGGGAUUUUAGCUAGAGAUGAAAAUAACUAGAUAAAGGUUUAUCGCAGAAAAUGUAAUGUCUCUUUAAAAUGAGACGUUGUUUUAAAGGCUUGUAUCAAGAUGUAGGUCUGAAAGGAAGUUGAAUCGCAAAUGCUGUUCAGAGAUAGACUUCAGAAUAUUGCGUGUUUUACAAACUCUUCUACUUGACAUUCAGACAAAGAGUCUGUAACAUGUCAUUCCUACAGCUCCCCACUGGGGGAGGGGACGGGAGAUCACGUAACGCAACCAGAGAGGGGUCGAGUAGUGCGGCAUCCGUCGAUGGUUCUGUGGCCAGCUCUUCGACGAUACAUUUUAAAACUGUGGUGAAAAUGCUCGCGCCUGCUAUAUGGUCUUCAAUCGAGAGCAAGAAGAAGAGGGACAAUCUUUCUGUCAAGAGUGCAACAGCAAGCGCCUCGACGUUACCCGCUAGCACAAUGGAGGGAACUCAACACAGAAAUGGCAAACUUCUGGAGCCGAUCCGCUUGGAAGAUCAACUCGAAAUCCACAACUUGCAAGAACUCAUGUACCGUUUUAAGAGCCAUCUCUCGGACCCUAAAGCAGUCAAGGCCUGGAAGGCGCGCAGAGGAUCACGGGGGAUGGCCACCACUAACGCAAGUCACGUGACAGGCCUGAUGACGAUGCAGGAGUUCAGAGACACUUUAGCGGAUAUUCUAGUGGUGGACGCGUGGGACUCGAACCGGGCUGCCAUCUUUGAAAAAGAAAUGGAAACACUGUUCAAAAAGGUUGACAUUGCGUCUGAUGGCAUGGUGGACUGGGACGAGUUUUGCACGUACAUGAUGAUUCAGUUGCAGGAACAUGAUGAAUCAGCGCAUCACAGCAAGGGCCCCUUUAACCCGAAGCCGAACAUCGCUAGGAUCGCACACAACAAGGAAACAACCACGACAACCCUGACGGACUUUAAUCCCAUGAGAUACGUCACAGUUAGCAAGGAAGGCAUCAUAGGUGUGUGGAGUACCGAGCUCCAGCUACAGCGAACAAUCGAGAUGGAAGGGCGUUCCCACCAAGACAAAGCAAGCAAUAAACGGCACAUCCGCAUGUGGAUUACAGAUGCCGUUACCAUGGACAACGUGCAUAAGAUGGUAAUAGGGACCACUAAUAUGGACCUGUACUUCUACGAUAUGUCCACCCCGACAUAUACACCACAGUACCAUCUGUGUGCUCUUGGGAAUGUUCCGCUUUGCCUGAAUUACUACUGUGACCCAAAGUCUCCGAAUAAACGUUCGAUGCUGUUUUAUGGCACGGACAAUGGCUCUCUCCAUGUCCUCGUCUUCUCAACUCCUGUCAAAGGAUUAUUUGAAACUCCUUUCAAGAAGACGUCUGGCAGCCACAAGAUAUAUUUCCAGGAUAUUAGUCUACACUCUCUGUUCGUGACACACUUGCCCUUGGGGGUGAUACACAGUGACUGGGUUCGUCGUGUUCAGUAUAUCCCCGUCAAGGAGUUCGUGAUCUCGUGCAGUUGCAGUAGUCAUGAUUCGCUUGUCGUCAGAGACGUCGAUGAUAAGAAGAGAAAAACAUAUGUUUUCAAAGUUGCAAAGGGCGUCGACUGUUUUGAUUACAACCAUUCCCUCAAUGUGAUUAUAACGGGAGGGGUUGACCACGCUGUCCGAGUGUGGAACCCAUACGUGACAAGUAAACCAGUAGCAAUUAUGAAGGGCCACUCCUCGUCCAUUGUGGAUCUUGUUAUUCACCCCGGAUUAGAGCAAGUCUUCAGCUAUGAUAAGGAGGGGGUUUUGAAAUGUUGGAACGUCAAGGAACAAGUCUGCAUUCAAACCCUUGCAAUCCGUGAUCCAUUUGGUCACCGCGUUCCUGAGCAUGGCCCGUUCCCAUUCCGCUUAAUCCGCAGUCCAGUCAGCUCUUUAUUAAUCACAAGUAAUGACAGCUUGAUCGAGAUCAAACUAGUGGGCCUGGGUACCACAAAAUCGCUCAAGACCACACACGCCAAGCCGCUCUGCGCUGCCAUAUACAAUCCUGAGGUCAAGCAGGUCAUAACCGGAUGUGAAGGCUCCGUCAUCUCCUUUUGGGACAUCGAAACCGGAAAUAAAUUCCUUCAGGUCCCAGAGGCUCACGGGACGGAGGAGAUAUCGUGCAUGCAUCUUGACCAGAAGGGAAGUCGCCUCAUGACGGGCGACAGAAAUGGCGCCAUAAGGGUCUGGAACGCAAACAACGGUCACUUAUUAAAUGAACUCGAGGCAGUAGAGGAACAGGAAGUGACAGGGAUCACAGCUCUUCCGGCCAAGCACAAGAUUCUCACUGUUGGCUGGAACCGCAAGAUAGUGAUAUACUAUGACGACAAGGAGACGUUUGUUAUUCGGCCCGAUGUGGGUUGGAAAGGAGGCCAGGUUCAUCAGGACGACAUCCUCGCCUCAGCCUACUGUUCGCCUAAUCUUCUGGCCACGGGCAGCUUUGACGGGGACAUCAUACUGUGGAACCUGGAUCGAGAGAAAAUGAUUCGAAUACUGAAAAAGGGAUCUCGAAGCUUAUUUAAGUCUAGAAUAGAGAAGCUUGGCAUGUUGGCAUCUAUAAAAGAAAAACAGAAGCUGAGGCGAAAAGAAACUAAAGGCGGAUGCUUGCCGGUCGACACCCUAUUAUUCCUCAGCUCCAGAGCGCAGUGGAAGACGCAAGACUCGGCCAUUCUCGUAUCUUCCGAGAGCGGCUCCCUGGAGUUCUGGUGUUUAUAUGGUGCUGCAAGACCAAUGGGCAUGUUUUACGCGGCGAGCGAGGACAGCGCGUCCGUGCUUGCCCUAGCAACCGAUCCUAGCAACGACAUUCUUGUGAGUGGCGACUCCGCUGGCCGGAUCUCUGUGUGGGACAUCACAUCUUACUGCAUAUCGCGGGCGGAGUCUAUCAUCGCUCAGGUUUGGUCGACUACACAGCGCAUGUCAAGUACGGACGAUUCCCCCGAGGGAUCUCCCCCUUGCGUAAUAAAAUGGCACGCCCAUGGGGGUGCUGUGGUGAGCCUGGAGGUCGUGUCACGUGAUGAGAAAUUGUUCCUAGUCUCCUCCUCGGUCGACUGCACGGCACGGUUGUGGACCCUUGAUGGCAAGUACGUCGGCAUGUUCGGCCAGCAAACUGUGUGGGAUAUUGACGACACUUCGACUUACAGAUACGCCGAAUGUGAACCAUGGGAUGAAAGCGAAAUGGCUGAUCUCGAGAGGUCUGCUAGCGCCUCACCAGAACGAGGCAAGCACGAUGACGUCACAACAGAACACCAUAUAAGGACGCCAAGCCCUAUGCAAGAAGACAGACAGAGUCCCAGUCCUAACGAAGAAGGCGAACCGCGCGAAAGUUUAUUACCGAAACUCAAUUCAGGGAGCCCGGAGACGAGUAGAAAAGACUCUUGGAGGACUGGGGACUACUAUAGAUCAACGACCAGCUUAGUGUUGAACAGAUCAUCUAAGAACCCGGAUGCUUGGUCUAUUCUGGGGCAUAAAUACAACGAUGACUUUCGCCAGCGGAUGCAGACCCGUCAAUCACGGAGAGAUCACCAUGGACACGUUGACCGGGCGCUGACAAACGGGGCGGGGCUUGGAAACAAGUGCUCGCCUUUUCAAGCCCUUCACAUACCCAAUACACAGGAGUUUACACUACCCGCAGAUCUGCCUGUCACACGACGCAUGCUCCAGAAAUCCCAGAAAGCACACGCUGAGCCAUUCUGGGGUGCCAGUGGGCUCAACCAAGGCUCGUUACCAGCCCUCCCGGCCAUCCGUCGCUCUGACAGUUUCAUGACAGUAGCAUCCGUGAACAGAGAUUCUAGGUCGCAAAUGCACAGCUCGGACACUUCUCAAUUCUCGUAAAUUGCGGAGCAAUGACAUAGCAGGGUUCGAUUUAGAGAGGUUAUAGUUGACAUUUUUAUGUAUAUAUAGAAUGUUUAGAAUUUUAUUGAAACUGUGCCCAAUUUAAUAAGGUCAACCUCUUGCCGCGCUGUAAAUUUCCGGUCACCGUCCCACAAUCCAUCGUGGGUUAUGUUAUCUAUGGUUAUUUCGUCUCCAUAGACGAAAGGCACAAAUUAAUAACUGUAAAAUAUGUAAGAUAGAGUAUUCUAUUGUUAUUUAUGCUAAUUUAUAUUUCUAUAAAGAAGAGUAUGAAACAUCAUUGAAUAAAUAAAAUUUAAUAAAAUCUUUGAUACAAAA